AUGAUACGGCGAGAACCGAUCAAGAGCAGCGACAGCAGCAGCGGCGAAGGUUCCGAUGACGGAACAAACAGCUCUGACGACGGCGGCCCCAGCGACGGCACUUGCGGCGACACUUGCGGUAACGGCACUAGCGCUGACGCACCCAUUGGUUCGGCCGAGCCUGGCCCCAGCCCUGCCGCGUCCACGACCCGGAUCGGCGAAAGCGGCGGGUUCGGUUUCAGCCGAGACUACUUCAACUCGCUCGCCGCGGCUCUUGACGCCGGCAGCAGCAGCACCAGUAACCGGCGGGCGAGUUUGGGCUCGGCUUUGGCUGCGAAACGGGAGAAUCGGGUGGAGAGUCGAUUCUUGGAAAUCGAGAUGCAGAGUCGGUCGUCCCAGGCUGCUGGGGCGCAUGACUGGCGCGCGGCUCUAAAAAACCGGGGCCGUUCUUUCCAAACGAUGCACGACUGGGGCGCGAAGCAGGAGGACCAGCAGCAGCAGGUGGAGAGUCGCGAGGGCCUGCGAGCGGGUGACGGCUUGCCGGAAGCCGGUAAGUUUACCGGCAACUGGACCGGGCCGUCAGACGCCGGCAGGUUCACAGGCGGGGAUCGCCCAUCCGAGACGGACAGCGGAUCUUCCGACGUCAGAAAGGAGUUAUUGAACAACAACGGCUCGUCUUCUUACGUCAGCGGGUCAGCGGUUGCUACGGCGUCUUACGCGGCGUCGCAAAGCCAGCGCGAGGCUUGUGAACCGGGCGCUGUUAGCUCCGCGCGGUCCGCGAUGGAGGAGGUGCGACGCGUGGAGAAGAAGAUGGAAGCAAUGGAAUCCCGGCAAGGAAAGCUUGGAGCUCCUGAGUCGGACCGGGCGGUUGACGCGGAUCGGUCUCUCGACUCGAACGCUAUCGAUCGCACCAUCGAGUCGCCUGAAGCGUCUUCUAACGCACUACAAAAUGACGCGUUACAGAAUGACGCGUUGCUAAACAAAGCGGCUAUGGAACGAGCGAUAGAAGCCAUGGAACGAAUCGGCACGAGUGGCGGCGGGGACGGCGGAAGCGGAGGCGACGAGGGAGCUGGGGGAAGAGCCGGUGAGGGUGACAGCGGAGACGCAGAGGGGGGGCGGCGGCGGGGGAGGGGGAAGGAUGUGGCGGAACUCGAGAAGGAGGUCGAAGAGGCGAAGCAAGCGUCGCACCGCAUAGCCGUUAUGUUCUACCAGCAAGACCAGGAGCUUAAAGACCUGAGAGAGAAUCACCUGGCGCUUCAGGAGGACCAUAAGCGCAUAUCGGUUCAGCUACAAGCGGCGCAGGCGGAGACGGACGAGCUGUGGAACCAGCUGGCGGCGGCGUCCCGCCAGAAGGAGGCGGCGGAAGCGACGGCGGCGGAACUGCGCCUGAAGAUCCGCAUGCUCGCGGGGAACGUGGAGGAGCUGGAGGGGGAAGCGGAGGCCGCCGGGGGUUGGGGCGGCGGGGGAAGAGGCGGAGGCGGAGGAGGAAGCGGAGGUGGAGGUGGGGGAGGGGUUGGCGGAACGACUGCCGUCGAGGGAGUUAGCAGUUUAGAGUCUGAUCUGGUUGGCUUGCGGAAACUCAAGGAGUUAGAAUGGGAGUUAAUAUCCGCGCGAAGCGCGCGCGACCGCGCUAUGACCGUCUUGGCGGGAAUGAGAGAGGAGUGGAAUAAUCUCCGCAAACUGCGCCUGCAGCUUGACGCGCUGACGGCUAGCAGGGAGGUUGCCGGCGGUUCUGCUGGCGCCAGCGGCGGCCGCGGUGCUCAUGCGAUGGACCGCGCAGCCAGGGGGAAACUUGCUGGGGAAGACGUGCGGGGAAGGGCAUAUAGCGGAACGAGACGGGGGGAGGAGGACGCGGGGGAAGCGGGAGGGGAUGAGCUGUUAAAGGGAGUGGAGUCGGAGAUUGCGGAGGAGGCGGACAAGUGGCGGAAGGUGGUUGGUCAGCUGCAGGAGGACCACGUGCGCGCAGUCGUGGAGGCGCAAGACGCGGCGGAGAAAUGCGCGGGCGCGCGGAGGCAGGCGGAAGCCGCCAGUGAAGAAGCGAUGAGGCUUAGGCGGGACAUCGAGCGCGUAAGAGAGGAGAAGACUAUAGCAGAGGAGGAUCUGAGGGAUUUCCGCAAGGGUUGGAAGGACCUAGCCGGGCAUUUAGAAACUUUCGCGGCUAAGGUGAGCGAAAUGGAUGCGGAAUUAGCGGUGAAGAGAAAGGAGAGAGAGGUGAUGGCGAUGGAGAUCGAACGGUCCGUGAAAGAGCGCGAUCUGAUGGCUGUGGAGAUCGGACGGGUGAGAAAGGAGCGAGAUUUUAUGUCGGUGGAGAUCGAACGGCUGCGGAAAGAUCGCGAUCUGAUGGCGCUGGAGAUCGAACGGCUGAGCAAAGAGCGUGAUUUUAUGGCGGUGGAGAUGGAUCGGCUGAGCAAGGAGCGCGCAGAGGCGGAAGAAUCGGCGGAGCGCGCGCGGGGGGAGAUGUGGGGAGAGCGGGAGAAGCGGCUGGGGGAAGUGCAAGAAGCGGAGGAAAAAGCGCGGAGGAUUCGCGAACGCGCGGGGAACGCGUUAGAAGCAUACGCGGAAGAGAGAAAAGAGAUUGAGAAUAUGUUACUGCACCGAGUGCAAACCUUACAGUCGGCGGUGGAGGAGUUGCAAGGGCAGCUUGAUCACGUGCAAGGCGCGAAAAGCAGGCUCGCGCACGCCGCGGGGGCGUUCAUGCGGGAAUUUCAGUACACUGGCGCAGGGGGAGGGGAACGGGGAGGGGGAGGCGGAGGCGGAGCGGAAGGAGGGAGGUUUCGGGAGGCAGCUAACGAAUAUUACAGCGAAGGCGGGGCUUCCAGGGGAGUGGGCGCAGGGCUGGUCUUCCUGGAUGAUAGAGGGAGGGUGGAGAAUCUUGGCCUUCCAUCUACCGGAGAUGGUUUGGGGUUCAAAAUCGGACGGUCGUUAGAGCAGGGCUUGUCUGGGCGGCAGAUAAUUGAAGAGCUGGAUUAUCUGUCCGAUGGCGGGGGCUUGGGAGGCAGUAACGGCCGAGCCUCUGGAGCAGGUCGGGAUGAGACGGUCCGAGGCAUGGCUGGGCAGAGGGGCGUUGGAUCAAGAAGUGGUGGGCGAGGGGCGAUGGGGAUGACAGCCGCAGCAGCAGUGACUGCUGUAGACUACGGAACAUCAUCCAUUGGGGGUGCUGGUGGUGGUGCUGGUGGUGCAAGGAGGUGGAGUGCAGCAGCAGAGCUUGAGCAAGCUUUACAGGCAGAUAGGGGUUGUGGUGUGGGGAGCAAUGUGGAUGAUGACAUGAGGUCAACACGCAGUGGGGGCAGCUCAAGGAGGGCUUAUGGCGGAGGAGGGGUAGGUGGAGGAGGGACAGGAGUAGGAGUAGGAGGAGGGUAUGGUGGUGGUGGUGCGGGGGCAGGGUUGCAGGCGAGGACUCCGAGGGAGAGUGCACGGGCUGGCGUGUUUUCAGACACAUAUGCUGCUCCGCGUUCAGCAUCUCGAGGCAGGGGCGGACUGCGUGGUUCCCUGGAGGAAGACGAUGGUGCCGAUGCUGUGUCAAUCGCCACUUCGAUUCGUCGGGAGAGGGAACGCGAGCGAGAGCGGGACCGAGACCGCGGCACCGAGUAUCUGCAGCAGUGCGAUCGUGAGCGUCGAUUCCGGGAUGAGAGGGAGGACGACGACAGGAUAUCCGUUCACGCUCUGGAGAAGUAUGCGCCGAACCUGGCUCGCAGUUUGAACGUUGGCGGCAUUGCAUCUUCAGGAGUAGCUGGAGGUGGUAGGCGUGGGGUUGACGACGAUGAAGAUGCCAGGAGUGUUAGCAGUCAUGGGAAGACGAUCGAGGAGACUUAUCAGCGCAAGACGCCGCUAGAGCACGUGCUCCUCCGGCCGGACACGUACAUAGGUUCGGUGCAGACGCACGUGGGUCCGCAGUGGGUUUGGGAGCAGGGUCGGAUGGUACACCGCGAGGUUCGGAUGGUUCCGGGGCUGUAUAAGAUAUUCGACGAGAUUUUGGUGAAUGCGGCGGAUAACAAGCAGCGCGACCCGAGCAUGGACGCUAUUAAAGUGUGGAACAACGGUCGUGGAAUUCCGGUGGAGGUUCACGCGAAGGAGGGAUGCUACGUGCCAGAGCUCAUCUUCGGGCACCUGCUGACAAGCAGCAACUACGACGACUCGGCGCGCAAGACCACGGGCGGGCGCAACGGGUACGGCGCGAAGCUGGCGAACAUCUUCAGUACGGAGUUUGUGGUGGAGACAGCAGACGGCAGCCGGCAGAAGAAGUACAAGCAGGUCUUCUCUAAGAACAUGAGCGUAAAAAAGGAACCAGUAAUCAAGGACUGCAAGCCCACCGACAACUUCACCUCAAUCACCUUCCACCCGGACUUGGCCAAAUUCGGGCUCGAUUCUCUAGACGCAGACCACGUGGCACUCAUGAGCCGACGUGUCGUUGACGUGGCAGGGUGCCUGGGGAAAUCCGUGAAGGUCACGCUCAAUGGCACGCGUGUGCCUGUGAAAUCGUUUGCGGAUUAUGCGGGGUUGUAUCUUGCCCCUCCUCCGCCGCCCACCCCGCAACCCCCCGCCACUCCGCCAUCAUCAGGGGAAGGGGGGAGCGGAGGGGGCGGAGGGGAAGGCGGGGAGGGGGCAGGGGCGGAAGGAGGGGUGUCUGCAGCAGAAGCGGCAGCGGCAGCAGCUGCAGCUGCUGCUCAUCCUUCAACUCAUGAGAAGCUCCCAAGCUUCGUGAACGCCAUUGCGACCACGCGAGGAGGCACGCACGUGAACAUGGUAUCAGAGCAGAUCGUGAGGUACCUGCUGGACAAGGCGCAAAAGAAGGCUGCCACUGGCAAGCACGGGUCCGCCAGUGGCGCUGCUGCCAUCAAGCCGCACCAGAUCGUGCGGCACCUGCUGGAGAAGGUGCAGAAGAAGGCCAGCACUGGCAAGCACGGGUCUGCCAGUGGUGCUUCUGCCAUCAAACCACACCAGGUGCGCAGUCAGCUGUGGGUGUUUGUGAACUGCCUGGUGGUGAACCCAGCCUUUGACUCGCAGACCAAGGAGAGACUCAAACACGCGCCCCUCUGUGCUCUAUCCCUUUUCUUGCUUGCCUAUUCCUCUGGUCUCUUUCAGGUGCGCAGUCAGCUGUGGGUGUUUGUGAACUGCCUGGUGGUGAAUCCAGCCUUUGACUCGCAGACCAAGGAGACGCUCAACACACGCCCCUCUGACUUUGGCUCCAAGUGCCACCUCUCGGAAGAUUUUCUCAAGAAAGGCAGUUCUCAUUCACCUUCUGCUCGUUACAACCCCCCUGUCUCGGCUUUCUCUCUUGCCACAGUGGCUGCCAAGUGCGGCAUAGUGGAGCAUCUGCUGUCCUUGGCAGCGCACAAGCAGACCAAGGAUCUCAAGCGCAGCGACGGCAGCAAGAGGCAGCGCGUGUCGGGCAUAACGAAGCUGGACGAUGCCAACGAGGCGGGUGGUAGGAAUGCGGAGCACUGCACCCUGAUAUUGACAGAAGGAGACUCUGCUAAGACUCUGGCGGUGUCUGGGCUCAGUGUGGUGGGCCGUGAUCGCUACGGUGUGUUCCCCCUGCGAGGCAAACUGCUGAACGUGAGGGAUGCGUCUCACCGGCAGAUGAUGGAGAAUACUGAGAUAGGGCAUCUGAAGCAGAUCCUGGGGCUGCAGCAUGGGAAGAGCUACGAGAGCGUGAAGGCUCUGCGAUACGGGCACCUCAUGAUCAUGACUGACCAGGACCACGAUGGAUCCCACAUCAAGGGGCUUUUGAUCAACCUCCUGCACUCCUGCUGGCCGUCCCUGCUCAAGCACCCCUCCUUCCUCCGCGAAUUCAUCACCCCGAUCGUCAAAGCCACCGGGCCUAGAGGCCGCACCCUCGCCUUCUACACCAUACCUGAGUACGAGGCUUGGAAACGGACUUUAGGCUCGGAGGCGAGGCAGUGGAAGGUGAAGUACUACAAGGGUCUGGGCACGAGCACGCCCAAGGAGGCCAAGGAGUAUUUUGCACAGCUGGACCGGCACAGGAAGGACUUUGAGUGGCGGGGGGAGGGCGACGGGGAGCGGAUCGAGAUGGCGUUUAGCAAGAAGGCGGUGGAUGCGAGAAAGCAGUGGCUGCGCUCCUAUGAGCCCGGCACGUACCUGGACCAGACGGUGCAGCGCAUCAGCUACAGCGACUUUGUGGACAAGGAGCUCAUCCUCUACUCCAUUGCUGACAACAUGCGCUCCAUCCCCUCCGUUGUGGACGGGCUCAAGCCGGGGCAGCGCAAGAUCCUCUUCUCGUGCUUCAAGCGCAAGCUGCACUCAGAUAUCAAGGUGGCACAGCUGGCAGGGUACGUGUCAGAACACGCAGCGUACCAUCACGGCGAGCAGAGUCUGAUGAGCACCAUUGUGAACCUCGCCCAGGACUUCGUGGGCAGCAACAACGUCCACCUGCUCGUUCCGUCCGGGCAGUUCGGAACUCGCCUGCAGGGCGGCAAGGAUGCGGCCAGUCCCAGGUACAUCUACACGCGUCUGCACAGGCUGACACGUGUCAUCUUCCCAGUGGCUGACGACGCCCUACUGGAUUACCUGGAUGACGAUGGGCAGAGGAUCGAACCCAAGUGGUACGUGCCCAUCCUGCCCAUGGUGCUCAUCAACGGCAGUGAGGGCAUCGGCACGGGGUGGAGCUCGUAUGUGCCAACGUUCAACCCACGGGACGUGGUGGCAAACCUCAAGAGGCGCAUGCGAGGGGAGCCCAUGCUGCCCAUGCACCCCUGGUUCCGCGGAUUCAAGGGUUCCAUCCAGCUGACGUCAGCGCGGCAGGGAGGAGGCAACUCGUACACCGUGACAGGUGUCGCGACGCGAUUGGCCAGCAGCAGCGGCGGGCGCAAGGGCGAGAAGCAGCCGCAGCAGCAGGGAGUGACAGGUGUCGCGAUCACAGAGCUCCCCAUCCGCACGUGGACACAGAACUACAAGGAGUUUCUGGAAGGGAUGAUGGGAGGAGCGGGUGGUGGUCAUGGUGGUGGGGAGGGAGGGGGAAAGGUGGCGCUGAUUAAGGACAUGAGGGAGUAUCAUACUGAUACUGGAGACGUAGGGGGGGAGGGGAUGGGCGGAGGAGGAGCGGGAUGUGAGGGGGAGAGAGCAGAGGGGCAAGAGGAGGGGGAGGGAGAGGAGGCGAGGAGGGAGAGGGAGGAGAGGAGGGCGCGCGCGCAGUGGGCGGUGAUGGAGAAGCGGCUGAAGCUGACAACGACGAUGAACACGGGGAAUAUGCACCUGUUUGAUGCAGAUGGGCGCAUGAAGAAAUACGACAGCCCGGAAGACAUCAUCGAGGACUUUUACGGCAUUCGCCUGGGGUACUACGAGCAGAGGAAGGAGCAUCAACUCGCACAGCUGAGGCACGAGCUGCUGCGGCUGGACAACCGCGCUCGCUUCGUGCGGGCGGUGAUUCAAGGGGAUGUGGUGAUCACUAACAGGAAACAGGCCGACAUUGUGGCACAGCUCAAGGUACGUGGUUUCACCCCUCUUCCCAAGGGUCACGCGGCCGCCCCUGUGGUGGUUGCUGACGUGGACCCGGGCAGCACUGAUGUCAGCGCGGAUGGGGAUGACGUGGAGAUGGACGACGUGGAAACACCAGCAGGGCACAAGGCAGGGAAGGGGAAAAACACAGCAGCAGCAGGAAAAUCAGGAGCCGCAGGAAAAACAGCAGCAGCAGGAGCAGUACCAUCAGCAGGAGCAGUGGGAGCAGCGUAUGAGUAUCUGCUGGGAAUGCCUUUGUGGAGCCUGACGUGGGAGCGCGUGGAGCAGUUGGAGCGGGAGAGGAGGGGCAAGGAGGAGGAGGUGGUGGUGCUGCAGGCGACCUCGCCCCUGCAGCUGUGGGAGAGAGACCUGGAUUUGUUCCUGGAGACUCUUGAGCAGCACCAGCAGCAGUGCUGCGAGGAGGAGGAGGUGGUGCCGCUGCAGUCCACGUCGCCUCAGCAGCUGUGA